CUCAAUAAUCUUUUUAUUCUCUCUCUCUGUGUUGGAUUUGAAAAUGAAGACUCCAAUUCAAGAACAAGUGCUUGGAAUUCAGAUGAUGAAGUCAUUGGCUCUCACAAGAGCCAGGCUUUUGCCUGAUAUUGCUGAUGGAUGUCAAUCAAUAAAGAAAUAUAAUGGGAAAGAUUGGAUCCUCAAUAGAGUCAACAAAAACGGAAGAAAAACCGAUAGUAUCAUUCACGGACUACGAGAACAUGUGAAAUUAGGAGCCAAGAUCUCAGAAACUGUGAAGGGGAAGCUGAGCUUGGGAGCAAGAAUUCUGAGAGUAGGUGGGCUGAGGAAAAUCUACAAGAAGUUAUUUGCAGUUAGUGAAGGAGAGAAGCUUUUGAAGGCUUCACAGUGCUAUUUAUCAACAACAGCUGGGCCUUUGGCUGGCCUUCUCUUCAUCUCCACUCACAAAAUUGCUUUCUGCAGUGACAAAUCCCUCAAACUUUCUUCCCCAAAUGGAGAUCAUCUUAGAUUUCACUAUAAAGUAACGAUUCCUCUCGGGAAAAUAACAAGGGUUUUUCAGAACGAGAAUGUGAAUAAUCCUUCAGAGAAGUACAUGGAGAUAGUGACAGUGGAUGAAUUUGAGUUUUGGUUCAUGGGGUUUUUGAAUUAUCACAAGUCUUUCAAGUGUCUUCAGGAAGCACUUUCUCAAGCCUAAUUAUUAUUGGAGGGAUUAUUUGAAUUAGUUGAAGACAAUGUAAAUUUUCACAAGUUGGGUUUUGAAGCAAAUUCAAAUAUUUAGAUUUGGCUUCAAAAAGUCAACUUAUAAUUAUGGAUUGAGAUGUGUUUAUGGGGUGGAAGUUUGGGGAUCACAAGAUGUCAACAAAAGUUGAAAGUUUUGUACAAAUUUAAGUUCAAUGAGA